AUGAAGCUCAAUAUCCUCUUGGCCGUCGGCGGUCUGUCAUGCUUUGCAGCUGCUCAGUCAACUCAGUCCAUUACAUAUCAGAAUCUGACAUAUGCAAAUGUUCGCCGCGAUUCUGGCUUAACCGGUCCACCAGUUGAAGAAGUCCAUUAUUACUAUGAUCAAUGGCCAAUCGGACUGGCGGUUUCAAAGCAAGGUCGCAUUUUCGUCUGUUAUACAAGGGGAACAUACGCAUACACCUUGGGCGAGGUCUUCAAUACUACAGCCGAAGUCCCCUAUCCAAACCUAGAAUUAAAUACUCCUCCCGGAGGCCUGUCUACUUCACUUAACGGUAUCCCUUUCGGUAGCAACUCUACGGACAGCUUCAUUAGCGUUCAAGCCCUGUUCAUUACUCCCGAUGAUACGCUCUGGGUUCUCGAUACUGGAAGACCCAGCACGAACGAGACAGAAAUGCUUACCAUGCCAUACGCGUCUCCUGGCGGGCCAAAGCUGGUAGCUCUCAAUCUGACGAGUAAUUCAAUCAUUCGAACCUACAAUUUCCCGUCAAGCGUUCACUUUCCAGAUUCCUACAUGAACGACCUCCGAUUUGAUAUGCGUGCGAACGCCACGGCAUCAGGCAAGGGCAUAGCGUACAUCAAUGACAGCAGCAACGAGGGCCGUACGGGCUUUAUCAUGCUCGAUCUUGGUACCGGACAGUCAUGGCGCCAGCUAACCCAGCAUCCAUCUACACUCCGAACUUUCGAGGAUGUGCCUUCAUAUCAAGGAAUGCCCUUCUAUCAACGCAGUCCCGGCUUGGCUCUGACCAAUAUCCAGGAAGGGCUCGAUGGCAUCGAGCUCUCCUUGUACGGCGACGUGAUGUACUAUUCACCUCUGACAAGCGACUAUCUCUACAGCAUUGAAACGCAGUAUCUCCGUUCGAAUCCCAUGGAUGACGUCCUAAGCUCGCAACGAGCAUCGAAUAAUGUCAAAAGCCUUGGCCAGCGAGGCGGGAACGCCAAUGGUUUCAGCGCCGACAGUAACGGAGCUGUGUACAUGCUCAUGCCGGAGCAGAACGCCAUUUACAUUUACAACUCCACGACGUUGCAGGCGGAGCCGUAUGUUCGGGAUCCACGAAUCAUUUGGCCCGAUUCAUCGAACGUUGGAUUCGAUGGCUACAUCUACUUCAACAUCAAUCAGUUGCCUUACCAGCCUGAUUGGAACAACGGCACUGAUUUGAGGCAGUACCCGGGACUAAUACUAAGAUCCAAAUUGCCAAACAAUGGAACCAAAAGUACUGUGCUAGCAGCUUAG